AUGAGGGUGGAGAAGUGUUUCGUUUGUUCGGCACCCAUAUAUCCAGGCCAUGGGAUGGCCUUUGUUAGGAAUGAUAGCAGGAUGUUCAGGUUCUGUCGGUCAAAAUGUCACAAGUUUUUCCAGAAGAAACGCAAUCCCAGGAAGGCUAAAUGGACUAAAGCAUUUAGGAAAGCUGCAGGAAAGGAGUUGAGAGUGGACCCUGCUCUGGAGUUUGAGAAAAAUCGAAAUGAACCAGUCAAAUAUAGCAAAGAGCUAUGGGACAACACCGUGAAAGCAAUCAAGAAGAUAGAGGAAAUUAGGACCAGGAGACAGGACCAUUACAUCGCCAGCAGGUUAAAGAAAGGCAAGGAGAUCCGCAAGUUGGCCGAUACAGUGGAAGUGGAGAAGAGUAUUCAUCUUAUCAGGCCCCCAGCAGCUGCCCUCAAGCAGAAGAAGCAGAUGGUCGAGGUGGUGAUGGAACGAGAUGUGGAUUCAAUGGAUGUCAACUGA